AUGAUGCAAGAAGAUCCCGCCACAGUGCUCGACGGUAUGUGGGGCGGUGAGGAUUGGCAGGCAGCUCGUGAUUCGGCAUUGCAGACGAUCAAAAAUGCCACAGAUGGAACCGCUGCCGAGAUCACUGACAGUGUGUGGCAGGGAUGGUCCAUGGAAGAGAAGGCGUGCAAGAUAAGAGAGUUUCUGAUCAGCACGACGUUGAAGGACUGCAGUGUUAUGAUAACGUUCCAACGAGUGGAUGACGCGAAUAAGGAUUCGCCGAGUCUGGUGACAGAUCCGGAGACUGGCGUCUCUGUGCAGGUGUGUCACGUCAAGUAUAUACUUGUGUAG